AUGGCGCGAUAUGAGAGCUUCGUGUACAAGCCCAACUUCCUAGCCCCCAGGCAGGGACCGGGCGCCUUCUCAAGCACCUACAGAAGCCACUAUGCCGAGCCCUUUCGCCCGAAGGGAAGUGGUCCAGAGCGGAGCCUUUCUCGGCUCGGCCUGGGAAUCGUUUCCAGUCCUUCGCCCUUUGAUAAGCAAGCGCCGUCGCCCUUUACAAAGCGAGUGUUCCCUCGCCAAGACUGGGGGAGCAAGAUGGACGCCCCCGCGUCGCAGCUCAACGGAUCAUCUCUGGAAGAUCUGGUGGCUGCAGGACGAAUCUCCAUCGAGGAGUACCGCGCGAGAGUGCUUUCGGAAAUGCAGGUCCCAAAGGGAGCUUCUGCCGACGAGAAAAGGUGA